CACUAGAAUCUUUUACCACAUACAGAAACAAACAAACAAAAACUUAAAACUAAUAAUACGAAUAUAUUCAAAAUAAUUCAUAUUGUCCACGAUGAAGCGCAUACACGUUGAAAGCUCAGCUCCAAAGUACCAAAGUGGCAAGUGGUCCUGGGACAAGAAACAUGAAUCAUUGCACUUUGAGCAACAUUUCGAUUUGGAGGACGCAAAUGAACGCUACAUUGAUACAAAUGGAUACAAGUUUCUUCGUACGCUCAAUCAAGAGGAAGAAUUGAUCUUUCGACAGGUGUUUGUCCGGCCCAAUACCUCAUACGACCCGGACACGGUGGUGAUCAACGAUGUUCGCAAUUUGGUAUUCUUCUUAAUGCCAAAACAGUUUCUAUCAAUGAAUUUUAUAGAAUUUAUGCACAAGCCUUCAGUCCAUAGACUGUUGCAUGCCUUAAUUAUUUACUUUGAAUAUUUUUUGCGGUUAGUCGAAUUUGUGCUGAUCCGUCGGGAUGAGAUAGCUGGCGAUAUGGCCCAGAUGCAAAGCGAGCAGACGAACGAAAUGAAGCGAAUAUGGUCUUCCUACUUGAGUCAGUAUCGCAUGUUAACAGCUAGAAAUUACUGCGCAAUCUUACUGGGAGCAGGAGAUAUGAAAAAAUAUUACCAUACGAAAGAGAUCGUUAAUAUAUCUUCUACGAUCAAGGACCGAUAUUUUCAUGAGCAGUUUUUGGCUGUCGCCACUCAGAUCGUUUGGAUAUCGAGUCACAGAAGGGCUUAUUACGUAAUUGAAAUGGAAAUGAACCGACUUUUUCGAUCUGACUAUUUCAUAUUGAAUCGAAAAGAAUAUCCGAGUUUUACACCCGCGGAAAAAAGUUUGCUCUAUGGACGUAACAAUAAGUUGGUCAACUAUCGAUACCAAAGUUCCCCGUUGGUUCAGGAGCUUAAAAAUGUUGCCGACCAGGACAUGCCUAUCCUAUGGAUUGGUGAGCGCAAGUAUCGUGGCUCGGAUCCCCGCAUUGCCGAGCUCGAGCUUGAGUAUAUGGUGCCCGGGCCACAGUUGCGAAUGAUCGAUAUAGCACACGGCAUUUUGGGUCACCCAAGGCUGUUGUAUAACACGCUCCUCUCGUUGGACUGGCCUUCGGUACGCUAUCACAAUUUUUCAUCAGCGCACGACCCCUAUUACAUUAUGCGCCAGCCGAAUCUGCGCAUACCCAACAUUGAUGAGGCGGAGGUGCGUAAAAGUUCUCGGAAUCUGGAGCAUUACUACAAGGUAUUUCGCAUCUAUGAAUCUGCCCGCCGCAAUAUCCUUCUUAAUUGGUCAAAUCGGGAAAAGAUAAAAAACUACUAUCUCAGUGGCGGAGUUUUACGCAAUAUUAUUAUGCGUUGCGAGAAGCAAUUGGAAGACGAUGAAGAUAGACCUGAAGUAUCUGAGAUUGUUUCCGAUUUCUUGGAAAUGAUGGCCAGGCUACGUAAAAAGAAAGUCCCAGUUAUGGGAGACGCGACCACCGCGGAAGCGUCUCGUCCUUCUAACUCACAGUACGUGAAAAUUGGCGCCGAAUAUUUUUUCAUAGAGCCAGACGAACGAAAACGACGUAUUGUUCCGAUAUAAUUUUGCCUCCAAUUUUACGAUUUGGGGUCGAAUUCGCUUCGAUGUUUCCUAUGAGACUGUACGAACUUUAUAAACCUAGCCCUUACACAAAACUAAAUUAAAUUCUUACGGUGAAUCUA